AUGGCACCAAAGAAGAAAGACAGCAUUUCAAAGAGAAAGCUGUCACUUCCUGCUGCUUCUGCAUCACCAAUUGCUAGUAGCAGUGAAGGAACAUUAGAAUCACCACAUUCGAAUACAUCAGAUCUUUCUUUAACACCACAUUUAAACUUCCGAUCAUUAUCAAUAAUAGAAAACGAUGAUCACCAAUUAGUGUUGGAAUCUCCAAUGAUGAAUCACAACUUGAAUUAUGAAGAAUUAAUUUCUCCCUCUUUGAAUAACAUUUCGAAUACAACAAAUAUUGUAAAUAUUGUGAAUAAUACAAUAGUCAGCACCACAACACCAAUUACUACAUCCUCCACUCCCACUACCACCACAACAACUAUUACUACUACUAAUAUUUCUUCAACUCCUAACAUUACAACAACUCCAAAUCUUCACAUUUCACAAAUUCCAUCAUCACUUGGUGAAUUGCCGACUGAUAUUAUUUAUUAUGUGAUUGGUUUUCUGGAUUUGAAAGAUGUUUUGCAUUUUCGUUUGAGUUUCAGAUUGUUUCAUAUUUUGGCUGAAAAUGAAUGGCAAAGAUUUUAUAAAUCAGUUUGGCAGGUAGCCCAUCGUUUGGUAUUUUGGGAUUUUAGUGAUAAUCAUUCGAAUAAUAAUCAUUUUUCUAAACGUGGAAGUAUUAUUGAUUUUUCUAAUAAGGGAAUUUAUUCAACUCAUUCAAUUUUGGAGUAUAAUAAUCCAUGGAAAGAUUUAUUUAUUGAAAGAUUUAGAAUAAUUCAUGAAAAUACUUCACCUUCCAAUAAGAAGAAACUUGGAAUUUUCUCUCCCAGAAAUACUUCAAGUGAGGAUUACAUUGAAAAAGGAUAUAGACACGUGUAUAGAAAUGAAUAUACGAAAGCAAUUCAAUCAUUUGAGAAAGCUAUUUCAUUAGAUAGAGGUGGAAGUGCAAGAGCUUGGGAAGGUCUUGCAAAGAUUUGUUGGCAAAGAGAUUUACCUCAAUAUGUGAUUGUUUAUGCAGAAGAAGCUCUCAAAUGCAAACCAGUCAAUCCUGGUGAGCUGUUCUUUAUUAGAGGAAAGGCGUUGAUGAAAUUACAGAGAAUUGGAGAAGCUUUACCUGAUCUCACAAAGGCUGUUUCAUUGCUAACAAUGUCACCAGUCAAUUAUCAUUUAUUUUUAAAAAUUAGUGAAGUUUAUUAUGAGAGAAUGAUUUGUCACUUGGAACUUGGAAACAUUCAACAAGCUUUUUCAGAUGCAGAGACAAUUAUUACAACAGACAGGUGUUUUGAAACUGAUUGUUUUUUCAAAGCUGCCAAGCUGCUAUACGAAAAGCAACAAUUUGAAGAUGCUGAAAAGUUCAUGAAGAGCCAAUAUGUGAAAAAGACCCCAGAAUUUUAUUUACUCUAUUUACAAAUAACAAGUGCAACUGGAAAUUAUGUAGAGUCACUGAAACAUUUGAAAUCCUUUGAGGAGUUGGAAGAGAAGAGGAAAUCCAAUACUUUUAACUAUGCUCCAACAAAGAUCAACAAGGAGUCAAAUAUUGAUAUUGGAAUAGUAUUAUUGAUGAAUAAUUGUAUCCAUCAAGCUGUAGAGUACUUCUCAAAGGGAGCCCUUUUAAGGAGUGGCAACCAUAAUGAAACAUCACCACCUACAAUUGGAGUCAAUGCUAAUUCAGAGGAUUACAUGUUCAGCUCUUUGCUGCGAAGAAGCUCUCUUUCGUUCGCUUUCUCACCCAACAAGAUUAUUGAUGAAGAGGCAACAAGAAGGGCAAAACUCAAAGUAAUAGAGGCAUCCACACGCCAAACUGUAGAAUAUUCCAACUAUUUUGGCACGAGUAAUAUCAGCUCGUGUAUAGAUAUUAACAUGGCAUGGAGCUUUUACUAUUUAUUGCUGGCUCUAUUGUACUAUUGUAGAAAUACUGUUUCAUUUAAUAUUUCAAAGAAUAGGUGGUCGUCUUCAUCGGCUGCCUUUUCACCUCGAUCCACCACUUCUCAACUUCUCUCUUUGGAAGGGGAAUAUGCAGAAGCUACUGGAUCAGCAUCGAGGAUGAUCUUACUCAUCAAGAGUCAGAAAAAUCAUGUCUAUCAACAGAGAAAAAUGUCUCUGAGAUUUAUCAACGAAUAUUUGGAGAAUGAUUUGAAAAAUUCAAUCACCAACCUAACUAGAUCUAUAACUUUGAAUCCAACGCUUUGUGAAGGAUUCUAUUAUCGCUCCUUACUUAAAUGUUUUUUACAGAUUGAUAAUUAUUUAGUGUCAAUUUGUUCCUCUCCAUUAUUUGGCUCUAGCUUGACGCAAACUGGAAUUGUUUCCUUUCUGGUUGAAAAGUUCAAGAAGGCAAAUACAAAUACUGAAGCAAUCACUAGUGGAUUCAAAAAGAAUCACAAAAAGAUGCAUAAGGAUAUUUCGGAUAAGAUUAAUAUUGUCACCUCCAUGAGAGAAUCUCUCAACGAUUGUGAUAAUGCCUUCACUCUAAUAACAUUGGAAUUUAAAAUUAAUGGGCUAGAUGAUAUGGAAGAGAUUGAAUUCAAGUUGAAUAACGAUCCUUCACUGUUAGACAUUUCCAACAAAUCGAAGAGGCACACAGAAUUAUUAAUUGAUAUUUUGCUUUUGAGAACCUUUUUAUUCUACUGUUUUGGUAAGAACGCUGAGGCCUUACAGUGUGCUAGGGUUGCAUUAUCUCUAUGUGAAACCGCAGCCAAACUUUUUGGUUAUUCUUCUGAUCAGUUGAAUGGAGUCCAUAACCGUCAUUCCUCUCCAAUCCUGUUACAUCCCUCACCUAAACAUUCAGAUGCUGAGGCUUUUCUUCUCAAUUCUAGUAUUGAGAGGCAAUCUCUGGCUUGUCAAGGAUUGUUAGCACUUCUGGAAGAUUUUACUAUUUUAAAGGAAAAACAACCACGUUUUCUCAAUAUGAAAAAUGAUAGUAUUCAAAGAGGAGUGAAUCAACUCAUUAUGAAUUAUUUAACAGACACAGAGUAUAGUCUCAUCUCUCAAGAGUUAGAUUUUCUAUUAGUUAUGAUUCACUCACAAUUAUUACAGACAGAGGAGAAUCAGUAUAACUUUACUCAAACUCAAUAG